UCAAACAACAUGGCGGGCGAUUUGAAAAGAUUUGUAUUUGAAGAAAGGGAAAACACCCGGCGUUACAAUGCAAACAUAGAUGCAAUUAUAGAGAAGUACGGAAAACCUUCAAAAUAUGUUGACAUUGUGGAUCUUGAUAACUUAGAAAUAACAACAAGUAAAGGAAUGCUACGCAGACAGGUACCUAGGCAUUUUGGUCACACACGAUUACAACACACAAAAAGACAAGAAGAAUCCAUGCUUAUUCCAGAGGACAAUAGCUUGCUAUCCUGUUCCUUGAUCAGUACUGCUGACAGUGAGUCUACAGAAUACGGAAGUAAGCAGCUAAAUUCCUCUGGGGGAUCAUUUGUGCCAAGGACUGAUGUAAGGCCAGAUACAGGCGGCUGGCUGGACAGGUCUAGGCAUUCUCAUCGUAAUCUAAACACAUUCUCUCUGUCAGAGCAAGAAUCUAAAUGUCCCAAUCAGGGGCUGGAUACUUUCUCCCUCGCAGAACAAGUAGAUGAUGCUGAAGAUGCUGGUGAACUACUUUCACUUCAAGAGACAAUGCUUACAUUCAUUAAAGAGGACAUUGGAGAACCUAGUGAUGCGGAAACCCUGAGCUCCUCGUGCACCUCUUCAGAAACCAGCAAACAACAUGAUGCUGAUGUGAUGGACAGUGAGGGUGUGAUCCAGAUUGAAUCUGAUGAAUCAGAAAUAGACUCUGAUAAAUCAGAUGUCGGUGACAACACAAUUUGUCAGCGAGAGAAGGAGAAGGAUAAGAACAAGUGGAGCCCACAGAAUCGUAGAGGGAUGGGAGAUGCUUGGUGGGACAGAAAGGAGGACCAAUUUACGCUGAUAUCCUCCUCACAGGACAGUGAUGUCUCAAAUCUUCAUGACGGAGUCCGAUCCUCAGAUGGUGUGGAAUGGUCAGUGAAUCGGAGUCCAUGUCCGCUGACAAACACAUACAGGUGGAAGGGUAAUGACGAAUAUCACCAUGAGUCUCCUACUCACAUAGGGACUGGUCGACCAGCGCUAACUGAAAGGCAGUCUAUUGUUUCCUUAUUGCCAACAGUUGAUAAACAUGAAAAUCGAAAGAACUCUCCAAAAUCAGUUUUUAAAGUUAUGAGAUCACCAGCAAAAUGUAGCAUGGUAAAUAGAAUAUCAGCUCAAAGGGAUGAAGUUGACGGAGAUAGCUUUGGUGCGGAAGUUUUACAUGGUGUCCUUCACAAAAAUCAACAACAGAAAGAUGAUUUACACAAACCAAAAGAAUCCUCUAAGAUGCCUUGGAACAUUGAGGGUAGAUUUUCCAAACAUAUCAUGUCAGAUGACGUAUUAGGAAAUCAGGACUACAGCACAAACCAUAAGGAAUUCAGUGGUAGACCCGAGUCAAAACUCAGGACAGAAGUGUUAGAGACCGAUCAACAGUUGAAGUCAAGACCACUAGUAAAGAAUUCUCAAUCUCAGCGCAGCUGGACACCGCUACCAAGCACCACCAACAGAACCAAAAGUUUCAAGGAACUUGUUAGUAAGUCUGUGCCUAGUAAACUAAUGGUACAGAAUCUCAAGGACUUACCUCGAGGAGAACUGUCUGCGUCCACGAUAUCAAAGGAUCCACUUACUUCCAUGGAAAAAGUUUACCGAUGGCUUUCGCCACCCACGACUACCUUUACUGACCAGAGACAUAAAGUGAACGCUCGUCGACGUCUACAACUUGCCACCUCCAGUUCCGACAAUAUCGUACUAGACAACAAGGUCUAUGACAACAAGGUCUAUGACAACAAGGUCUAUGACAACAAACUUGGGGUAGGGUUGAUACCAGAGGAACGGAAAGUUAAUACAGACUGUUUUGAACCAAUGGAUUCUACCUUUGCAGAAAUGGACAUGGACAGUCACCAUAAACAGGUAGAACCUAAAGGAAGGCUGAACAUAGAACAACAACCAAUGAUGCGUCAGAAAGAACUGCAUAAACAUAGCUUGACCCAAAGACUAACUACAGCAUGUAACUCAGGCGAAAACUUCCGCUCUCCAGAGAAACAACACAGAAGUUCAAACAUGUGGGAAGAUACAUAUGUACCUGAGAGACAGCCAGUUACACCAAUCACAGAUAGGAAAGAAUGGAAAAGUCCUAGUAGUGCUCGCCAAGGCUUUCAAAUGAGAAGUCCGUGGGAGAGCCCUAACAUGACACCAAAACGGAACAAGAAUGCUCUUUUAAGCUCUGAUGUCACCAGCAGCCCCCGUGACAGUAUGUCACCGAAUUCUAACAGCCCCUGGAGAAGUAGAAGUUGUGGUCAAAGGUUUCACCCCUACUCUCGAAGAAAUCCAGAUUCUCCAUCUGCCAUAUUUGCAAGACUUAAGCUAUCUAUAUCUUCUCCCUCCUCUAAUAGAGAGGACACUGCACAACAAAACCAUGUGGAAAAAACAAGCAGCACCACAAAAGUCAAAAAGUCAGCAAAUGUACCUUCACCCAGACAGCCAACAAAGAAUCAUAAUAUCAAGAAUGAAAUGGUUUCUCCCACAAAGUCGUGGCAACAGUUGAAGCAAGUUGCAAAAUGUCCAAUGUCAGACAGGUCAAGUGAAGAAGUAUUUCCAGCAAUUCCAAACCAGUAUCACAGGGAUUCAUCUGGGACAUUUCAGCCAAAAAGUCCCUCUGUUGAGCAGGGUAGAAACACUUCUCAAGAAAAGCCUUCCAGAAAGCAUGAAACCCUGAUGUCUUCUAAUAGAGGUCAAUAUUCAAAGAGGUCAACUGAUUGUGAGGGUAAGACAAGAUCAUUUGAUAUCUUUGAUAAAAUGGAUCUUCAGAGCUCCUCAAAAAGGAAACCAGUAUUGAAAGGACAUCAUUUAUCAAAGCCAUGUGCUGGAUCUCUGCAGAAUGAUGAAUUAAGUACGUCUCACAAAUAUAUAGCACAUAAACCUACAUGUCAACAGAACAACUCCAGAUCUCCAGAAAGACUGUACUCAACAUACCACAUUAGUAAAUCACAGCAGGAAAGGAAGGAGCAUACUGGUAGAGAUUGGAAUUACAGGAGCCAGAACCCUACACGUGACAUAGCAGUAACCAGCUCUCCAUUUAGUAAUGCAAAAACUUCUACAGGUCAAGAUUUUAUCAGAAAAGAAAGCUGUCACCCAGCUCCUAAACAACAUAAGUCUGUACCUAAGACUGGUGCAGUUGAAGUGGAGAAAUCACAACGAUUUGUGUCGCCAACACGAUGGAAGAGAGAAACACAGGAAAAUGGGGGCUCCAAUUUGUUUUUCUCAAUGCAAGACAGUGGUGGUGAAUGUACUUUUAAAAGCAAUCGUGACUGUUUAGAAAAGCAUGGUAUUAUUAUAUCAAACUCAUACAGAUCCAAUGUUCCAGACAAACCACUGCAGUCCACAUGUGAAUCUCCCCUUGUUAAGAUCAGCUCCAAACCUAAAGCAGUCACACCAGGACGCACUGCAUCUUUACAGACAGGAAGUAAACUCCUGGAAUCAAGAUCACACGAGAAAGGAAGUACUAUGAUGGACAGGGCUGAAACAUUUAAACAACCAAUGGGUACAUUUGUCAGUCUGAGAGACAAAGUAUUAGCCAACAACCAGCGACACAGCAGUACACCAUUGAAGCACACCCCACAGUUCAUACUCAACGACACUCUCUCCACCAUUCAUCCAUCAGCCUCGGACACCAACUCAGAUUCCUCGGAGGAAAUGGUGCUGACUAUAAGUCCAACCUAUUAACAGGAUAAGAAGUCUAAUUACACACGGUUGUCAGCUUUGCUAAAAUAUACUGUAUACAUAUAUAGAUUUCUUUUCAUGAAAUCAACAUUUUGCAGGUUUGCUUCUACAAAACCAGGCAGUUCAUAUUUUAUGCUACACUGCUUAUAAAUAAACCUUGUAUAUUUUUUAUAUCGGUUUAUAAUUUGACACAGCUUUAUAGAUUUAUCGAUAUCAAAGAUUUACUUUCUACACCAACAAUGUACGUAUUAAUGGUGUCGCAACGUUUCAAGACCGACUGAUCCCUUUGACAAGCUAUGACUG